GUGUAUUCAUCGGUAACAAUGAAGUUUCUGUUGAUUACUUGUCUAUUCUACGCCUUCAUAUACCUUGGGAUACCUGUCGCAGAAGGUGAAGCUCCAAAAGUGAGAAAGAAUGCAACACACACAUUCACAGACUGGAGUGGAUGGCAAACAGUAAAGGAGUACAAUGUUUCAGAAUCUGGAGGAAAAAGAGAGAAGAAGUUUGCAUUCACUCUACCACCAGGAGACGGAUGGGAAGUUAUGACAGAGUUCAAAACAGAUGAAAUUGUUAUACCACGUAGUUAUAAGGCCCCUAAACGUCCUGCUAAAAAGGCUCAGAAGCCCAAACCGAAAUCACGUGGUUCAGAAGUUGAUGAAGACAAAUCUAAAGCAGAAGUUCAUGUGGUUAGAAGAAUCAGAGUGAAAAAGAAUAAACCACAAGGUAAACCAGAGGAACCAAAGGAGGAGGCACCAAAAAAGAAAAAAGCACAAAAGGAACCUCCAGCGGACGAGGAUGGUGAAGAAGGUGGUGAUUGGGAAACUGUACAAGAAUCUGAAAGACAAAUGCGUAUUGGAAGAAGGAAGAAAGGUGGUUAA